AUGCUCACCAGGGAUCAGCAGAAUGUAAAAGUGCAACAACCACAAGAAGAUGCGGCUGGCAUUUUAAUCCUGAAUAUGUCGAGCGAGUUUCAGCCAGAUAACCGAGUUCAAAAGAUACUCAACGAAGUGACAUCCACGAACGUCUCAGAUGAUAAGGAUAUGGUUGAGGCGUUCUAUGAGUACUUUGACCAAACCAUUCGGUCACACACCGACAGCGAUUUGAGCCGGGACUGGGUGAUCAACAUAUUGCAGAGUAUUCCUGGAGCUUUAGUGGACGUUUACCCUGACUUGACAGCGGAUUUAUUGGAGGAAGCUAGAAAGGAGUACAGCGAGAGUGGAAAGCAGUCCGCGGUCGAUUACAUCCUCAGAAGGGGAUCAGGUUCAAAGGAACGUGAAAGCACCUCAGCGGACAUCCUCCCAUUCCCUCAAGACAAGUGCCCCUUUCCAUCCCCAUGGCGCCAUUCUUUUCUCGAAAACCGUGCAAAACUUGAGAAGAAUCUGCACAUCACCCACUUCCUUAUGGUGCGGAUGCUAGCUCUGUGGCUCCAGUUUGAUAAACUUCGAUUCGUGGAUUUGGAUGAGAUACGAGGGCAGAGGGAGGCGUUUAGAAUUUCGGGAUUCAGGAGCUUAGUAUUGGUUGAUGCCGAGAAGUGUCGAGAGAGACUAUUGAAUGGGUGGUAUAUGACGAUCUUGCGGGAGUUUACAGACCUUUUUCAUAAGAACGAUCGGAGAAAGCCGCCUCCUGCACGCCCUCCAGACUCCUUUUUCCGAUCAGCCGAAACUAUGGUGUACAAACAAGUGCAUUCUAUCAUUGCCCAAUCACUGCAGGACUUUCGCUCUCUCUUCACUUACCCAAUUCACCAAGAUAGUGCCGCUGAUUCCAUUUCCCAUCCCUUGCGCCCUUGUGCUCCCCGUUUUAUGGUUCGCCUAUGGCUCAACUCCGAGAACGCCAUUGAGUUUGAUCCUCCUCUCUCCGAAAUAACUGAAGCCCUUAUUGAAGGCUUGGGCUACGUUGUCAAAACUGUGGAGUCAAUGCCAAAAAUUGCAAACGUAAUUUUUGGACCCAGUGGUGACCUCAUUUUGGCCAAUCCUGCCACCUCCGGGUCUGAGGUCCUUAGAAUGCUUGCAGUAGAUGGGAGUGAUGAGAUGCGGAUAACAUUAGAAGAUGGCGCUGUCGAUCGUGCUGAAAAAGAACUGGAAAAAUACGCUGCAGAGUGCUUCGAAGUGAUCAAAAACUUUGUGAAGAAGUACUAUAUCUAUGCGGAUAUAUAUACGCAUAAAGUGGACGAAGCAGUGGAGAAUUUCUUCACGGAGGAACAUACCUUUGAGGAAUACACAGUGGAAAUUGAUAAAUAUCGUGCUCUUGCUUCCUCCAUACUUGCCAAUCCGCGAAAAGUGGAAUUGCCCAUGGUCGAGCUGAAUUGUGAUGAGUUGCAUAAAUCUCUGGCAGCUCAAGCAAUUACCCUAUCCAACAAAUUUCUGACGAAAAUUGUGGAACAGAAUGCCGAACACCAGCGCAGAAUCUGUGCCCGAUACGAGGUCAUUGCAGAGCGCGCCCUCCGAAUCCCCGAAAACUUUAAGGAAAUGGCGGACCAAAUGGAAUAUAUGGAGACAGUUCGGAAUGUUGAGCUUCCUGCACUCUUGGCUGAGCUGGAAGAAGCUCGCCGUCGAUUGGUUUAUAUCGUGAACUUUUCGGCUCUUACAGAGGAACAUAUUUCGCUGAACAAUGUCACUUUCACCUGGCCCCAACGGAUCGUGCCAAUCAUGGAGAACCAUAACCAGAUCAUCGGGGCAGCGAGGGAAAAGAACGAGGCAAACUUGCGGGAGCGGCGAACCAAGUUUGAGUCCGAAUUAGAUGACUUCCAGAAGCAAGUGGAAGAGCUGAAGGAAGUCGGCGAUUUGGAUGAAAUGCCCUUCUAUGUGAAAAAGGUGCAAACGCUUGCAAAGCAACUCCAGUCUGCGGCGGAUACCAUUGCCGCAUUUAACAAGGAGGAGCAAUUAUUCGGCUGGAAUGUAACGGUCUAUCCCCAGAGGAAACAAAUCAUGGGAAUGCUCGAACCAUAUCAAGCGCUUUACAGUACGGCCGUCAAUUUCCAAAGAUCUUACAAAAAAUGGAUGGACGGAAACCUCUUGGAGUUGGACGCGGAACAGAUUGAAGUCGAAGUCGAUGGACUCAAACGCGAAAUCUACCGGUUGCUCGGUGGUUUGGUUCAAGACGCCGCACCGCAGAACAUUGCAAAGCAAGUCCGAGAAAAAAUUGAUGAGUUCAUGAUCAAUUUACCUCUGAUUCAUGUGCUUUGUAACCCUGGUAUGAGAGACCGACAUUGGAAUAAGAUGACACAGAUUGCGGGGUUUGAUAUCAAGCCGGACGCAACAACGAGCUUGAGAAAAAUGUUGAAAUUGAAUUUAGAGCCAUUCCUUGAGCCGUUCCAGGAAGUUAGCGAUGCCGCUUCAAAGGAAUACACACUCGAAAAGAAUAUGACGAAAAUGUUCACCGAAUGGGAGCCUUUGGUAUUCAACCUCCUACCUUACCGAGAAAGCGGCACCUUCAUUCUAUCGGCUGUUGAUGACGCACAACAACUGCUGGAUGAUCAAAUCGUUAAGACGCAAUCCAUGCGCGGAUCGCCUUAUAUUAAACCGUUUGAGCAGCAGAUUAAAGACUGGGAAAGACGACUGCUCAACACACAAGAGAUCAUUGAUGAAUGGUUGAAAGUGCAAGCUACGUGGUUGUAUCUUGAACCCAUUUUCAGCAGCGAAGAUAUCAUGAAUCAGAUGCCGGAAGAGGGGAGAAAGUUCAAGAUGGUGGACCAAAGCUGGAGGAAGAUGAUGAACGCUGUCAAUGAAGACCGGCAUAUCCUGAAAGCCACGGAAAUACCGCAAAUUCUGGAAGAUCUCCAAAGAAACAGUCUCAUGCUCGAAGCCAUUCUAAAAGGUCUAAAUUCCUAUCUAGAAGUGAAACGUCUGUUCUUCCCCCGGUUCUUCUUCCUCUCCAAUGAUGAGAUGCUCGAGAUACUGAGUGAAACGAAAGACCCUACCCGAGUCCAGCCUCAUUUGAAAAAGUGUUUCGAGGGUGUGGCGAACUUGGAGUUCGAUGAUAAGUUGAACAUUAAAGCGUUAUGUUCAAGUGAAAAGGAGAGAUUGGAGCUGGUGGAGAAAGUAUCCACUGUCGAUGCCAAAGGGAGUGUCGAAAAAUGGCUGUCUCAGGUCGAGAAAGCAAUGUUGCAAAGCGUGCGGUACCAAGUUGAAGAAGCGUACUACGACUAUCAGCGUCAUGCUCGUGAAAAGUGGGUCCUCGACUGGCCGGGUCAGGUCGUUCUCUGUGUCAGUCAAAUAUACUGGACCCUUGGCGUCGAGAAUGCUAUUCAACAGGGAAAGCGCGGCUUGGAGGAAUACCUUCAACAAUUAAACAAAGAUCUCAACGAAGUCAUCAGACUUGUUCGUGGAUCGUUGAGCAAAAUGGCUCGAGCAACGCUGGGUGCACUGGUCGUUAUUGAUGUCCACGCCCGUGAUGUGACUGCACAACUUGCUCAGGAAAGCCUCAAAGACAUCAACGACUUUUCGUGGCUAGCUCAAUUGAGAUACUAUUGGGAAGAAGAUAAUGUUUUCGUGAGGAUGAUCAAUGCGCAAAAAGAGUAUGGCUAUGAAUAUCUUGGCAAUUCACCACGUUUGGUGAUUACUCCCUUGACGGAUCGCUGUUAUCGGACAUUGUUUGGUGCACUACAUCUUAACCUUGGUGGUGCACCCGAGGGUCCUGCCGGAACUGGAAAGACGGAGACGACAAAGGACUUGGCAAAGGCGCUGGCAAAGCAGUGCGUCGUUUUCAACUGUUCUGAUGGCCUCGACUAUCUCGCGAUGGGAAAAUUCUUCAAAGGCCUUGCAUGUGCCGGUGCUUGGGCAUGCUUUGACGAGUUUAAUCGAAUCGAUUUGGAAGUUCUAUCUGUCGUUGCUCAACAAAUUUUAACCAUUCAGCGUGCUAUUGGGGCGAAGGUCACCGAAUUUAUGUUUGAGGGCACCCGUUUGACCUUGAAUCCGACCUGCGCAGUCUUUAUUACAAUGAAUCCCGGUUAUGCCGGGCGAUCGGAACUACCGGAUAAUUUGAAAGCGCUGUUUAGAACCGUAGCAAUGAUGGUACCGGAUUAUACUCUUAUUGCGGAAAUCACUCUUUACUCCUGUGGAUUCAUUGAAGCCCGUAACUUGGCUCGCAAGAUCGCUGCCACAUACCGUUUGUGCUCUGAGCAACUAUCUAGCCAAGAUCAUUACGAUUACGGUAUGCGUGCGGUGAAGAGUGUACUUACCGCCGCUGGAAACCUAAAAUUGAAGUACCCGGAAGAGGACGAGAAUAUACUCGUGCUGAGAUCCAUUAUUGAUGUCAACUUGCCGAAAUUUUUAUCCCAAGAUAUCGCUUUAUUCAAAGGCAUCGCAUCGGACCUUUUCCCCGGGGUUCGCCUGCCGAAACCCGACUAUGCGGUUCUGGGAUCCGCAAUCGAGAAAGUAUGCCACAGGAUGCGACUGCAACUCGUUCCUGCCUUCCUGGAGAAAAUUAUACAGCUUUAUGAGAUGAUGCUCGUCCGCCACGGAUUUAUGCUUGUCGGGGAGCCUUAUGGCGGAAAGACCUCAGCGUACCGUGUCUUGGCAGAAGCGUUGACGGAUCUGGGAAAUCAGGAAGGAAAUGAUACUCCAGAUGCCGAGUGGCUGAAAGUCCAGUACAGAGUAAUCAAUCCCAAGGCUAUUGCAAUGGGUCAACUCUACGGUCAAUUUGAUCCUGUUUCUCAUGAGUGGACUGAUGGUGUUCUUGCGACAACUUUUCGGAGCUUUGCAAACAGUACGAUUCCAGAUCGGAAGUGGGUCAUAUUUGAUGGACCGGUGGAUGCAGUCUGGGUGGAAAAUAUGAAUACCGUUUUGGACGACAAUAAGAAGCUUUGCUUAAUGAGCGGAGAGAUCAUCCAAUUGUCGAACACCAUGAGCUUAGUCUUUGAAGUGAUGGACCUUGCCGUAGCUUCUCCGGCAACUGUUAGUCGAUGUGGUAUGGUGUACCUCGAACCCGAGCGUUUAGGAUGGAAGCCAAUGAUGGUUUCAUGGCUACAAGGACUUGAUUACCUCGCUGAAAAUCACGUAAAGCAUCUUCAGCAGCUCUUCGAAUCCUUCGUUCCGGCCACAUUGCAGUGUUUGCGCCGAGAAUGUAAAGAAGUCUCUCCUACCACGGACAUUGGACUUGUGAAUUCCUUGAUCAGACUACUUGAUUGCACGUUGGAUGAUAUGCGAGACACAGAUCAAGCGACAAAUGCUUCAAAUCCGAUGUUAGAGCAACGGUUAGAAUGCAGAUUUCUUUUUGCGCUCAUUUGGACGAUUGGAGGCAGUAUUGACGCACAGAGUCAAGUCAAGUUUGAUGCAUGUGUCAAGAAAAUUGUUGGGCAGUUACCUGAACCCAUGAAACUCCCGCUUCCGGACGCAGGAACACUGUAUGACUAUCUUUACCGAACACAAGAGACCGAUGAGUGGGUUCCUUGGCUGAGCACGAUCGAAAGUGUACCAAUUCCAGCCAAUGCCGACUUCAACGACAUCAUAAUCCCGACUAAAGACACAGCAAGGUACAACUAUUUGAUGGACCUGAUGAUCAUGCACGACGUGGGAUUCUUACUCGUCGGCCCGACGGGCACGGGAAAAUCCAAGUACAUAAGUAACAAAUUGCUGGAUGGCGUUCCAAAGGACAAAUUUAUUCCCAUGUUUAUCAGCUUUUCGGCGCGGACGAGCGCAGCACAAACGCAAGAUAUUGUCAUGUCGAAAUUGGACAAGCGCCGAAAGGGUGUAUUUGGUGCACCUGUGGGAAAGAAGUAUCUCAUUUUUAUCGAUGAUUUGAAUAUGCCUGCCAAGGAGCAGUACGGAGCUCAGCCGCCCAUUGAGCUCUUUCGACAGUGGCUGGACCAUGGGAACUGGUAUGACAAAAAGGAUACUUCCAGGUUAGAACUCAUUGACAUCCAACUGGUAACCGCAAUGGGUCCACCGGGCGGAGGGCGCAAUGUCGUUACGCCACGAUUUCAGCGACACUUCAACCAGAUUGUCAUCAACUCCUUUGAUGAUCAGACAAUGUCUCGAAUUUUCACUUCUAUACUAGAUUGGCACUUUGGGCGACUUGACUUUACUGAAGACAUCAGAGCAGUCGCUAUCAAUCUGGUGGAAGCAACGACGAGUGUAUUCCAGUGGACGGUAGGCAAUUUGCUACCCACACCUGCCAAGACGCACUACACCUUCAACCUUCGUGAUUUUGCAAGAGUUAUUCAAGGUGUUGUUCUCUCGCGUCCCAACGUUUUUAAGACCAGCGAUAUGGUUAUACGGUUGUGGACGCAUGAGGUGUACCGAGUAUUUUACGAUCGGCUGGUGACAGAGGACGAUAGAUACAACCUGUUCAGUCAUGUUCUCGAUGUCAUCAAAGAAAAGUUUGACAGAGAACCAGAUGAGAUUUUCGCUCAUCUAGCCAGCGGAUCCACCGAGUUGGAUGAUAAGAAAAUGUUGAUGGAGGAUGACCUACGAAGUCUCAUGUUUGGAGACAUCCUUAGCAAGCGCACUCCAAAUGUAGAACCAGACUACACGGAGCUGACUGACUUUGAUAAGAUGAAAGAAGUGGUACAGACUCAGCUAGGUGAAUAUAACCAGGUCAAGAAGGCAAAGCUAAACUUGGUAUUAUUCCGUUUCGCCAUCGAGCACGUGUCCCGAAUCUGUCGCAUACUCCGAUUGCCUGGAGGAAAUGCAUUAUUGGUCGGAGUUGGUGGCAGUGGACGACAAAGUUUGACUCGUUUAGCGGCCUUUAUUUGCCAGUAUGAACUCUAUCAAAUUGAAAUAUCGAAAUCCUACUCCCGUUUGGAAUGGAAGGAGGAUUUGAAGAAAAUUCUCAUUUUGGCUGGAGCCGAUAAUAAGAAAACGGUGUUCCUCUUCCCCGAUACUCAAAUCAAGGAAGAAUCAUUUAUAGAGGACGUUAGUAACUUACUGAAUUCAGGAGAUGUACCAAACCUGUUUGCGGCGGACGAGCGGCAGAAUAUCAUUGAUCGGAUAGUGUCGGACGCGCAAGAGCAAGGUAAAGCGGGAGAUGGCAGUCCCGCCGCCUUGUACAGUUACUUUAUCGAACGCGUGCGCAACAAUCUUCACAUUGUUCUUUGUAUGAGUCCUAUUGGUGAUGCAUUCCGUGCAAGGCUCAGGCAGUUUUCUUCCCUUGUCAACUGCUGCACUAUUGAUUGGUUCCAAGCCUGGCCGGACGACGCCUUGCAAGCCGUUGCAUGGCAGUUCCUGAGCGAAGUCGAGCUUGGGGACACGGUGCGAGAUGCCGUGGUGCAAAUGUGCAAACAUUUCCACCAAAGCGCAAUUGCGUUGUCGGAAAGAUACCUAUCAGCUUCGUCAAGACACAAUUAUGUGACUCCAACCAGCUAUCUGGAAUUAUUGCAUGCAUAUAAAGAUUUACUUACAGCAAAGCGCGAGGAAGUGGCGGCAGUCAAAAGACGAUAUGUCGGUGGUCUCGACAAGCUACGAUUUGCUGCAGAACAAAUUGGACGUAUGCAGGAGGACUUGACCAGUCUCCAACCUCAGCUGAAAAAGACUUCCGAAGAAACAGUAGAAAUGUUGAAGAAAAUUGAGAAGGAAUCUGUUGAGGUGGAGGCAACAAAGGAAACUGUUUCGGCCGACGAAGCCGUCGCCGCGCAAAAGGCAGAGCAGGCGUCUGCCAUCAAACAGGAAUGUGAAAAUGAUUUGGCGCAGGCGUUGCCGUUGUUGAACUCGGCACUCGCAGCUUUGGAUACCCUGAAGAAGUCCGACAUUGAUUUGGUGAAAUCCAUGAAGAAUCCACCUGAAGGUGUGAAGCUGGUGAUGGAAGCCGUUUGUGUUAUGAAGGAUGUCAAGCCCGACAGGAUUCCAGAUCCCUCGGGCUCUGGAAAGAUGGUAUUUGACUACUGGAAAACCUCACUAAAGGUGCUCGGUGACCCCAAGUUCCUAGACAGCUUGAAGUCGUUUGAUAAGGAUGAUAUUCCAGCACAUGUGAUCAAAGCAAUCCGAAUCAAGUAUAUUCCAAAUCCAGAGUUUAAGCCAGAGAAAGUACGAAAUGCGUCGUCUGCGGCAGAAGGAUUGUGUAACUGGAUUAUAGCAAUGGAAGCGUAUGACCGUGUUGCGAAGGAGGUUGCUCCGAAACAAAUCGCCCUAGCGCACGCUGAAGCUGAACUGGCAGAGACCAUGGCUGGCCUUGCUGAAAAACGCGCCCAGCUAAAAGCAGUGCUUGACCGUCUACAAGCAUUAAAUGACAACCUUCAGGCACUAUCUGACAAAAAGGAGCGAUUGGAGAAAGAAGUGAAAAGCUGUGAGGAGCAGCUGGACCGCGCUCAAAAGCUGCUCGGGGGCCUCGGUGGCGAGAAGCAACGAUGGACCGAUGUGGUGAAAAUCUUGGAUCAAACCCUGUUUAACUUGACCGGUGACGUCCUGAUAUCGGCAGGAGUUAUCGCUUACCUCGGUGCCUUCACUAAGCUAUACAGGCACGAAUGCAUCAACGGGUGGCUGGCUAUGAUGAAUAAGGCCAUGAUCCCCUGCUCGGAUGCAUUUUCCCUAGCGAAGGUAUUAGGGGAUCCCAUUCAAAUUAGAGCCUGGAACAUCGCUGGGUUGCCGUCCGACGCUUUCUCCGUAGACAAUGGUAUAAUUGUGAAAAAUGCCAGAAGAUGGCCUUUGAUGAUCGACCCGCAAGGCCAGGCGAACAAGUGGGUUAAGAAUAUGGAAAAGGAAAACAAUUUACAAAUCAUUAAGCUCACUGAUCCCGAUUACGUUCGAAACUUGGAGAACGCGAUUCAGUUCGGCGCACCAGUGCUUCUAGAGAACGUGAAGGAGGAGCUAGACCCGGUUCUUGAUAGUGUGCUCCAAAAGCAGACCUUCAAAUCUGGGGGUAGUACGUGUAUACGCUUGGGAGAUGCAGUUAUAGAAUGGUCUGACAACUUCCGCCUCUACAUCACCACGAAGCUCAGGAAUCCACACUAUCUUCCCGAAGUUGCGGUUAAGGUAUCGCUGCUCAAUUUCAUGAUUACGCCUGAGGGUUUAGAAGAUCAACUUCUUGGAAUCGUCGUGACCAAAGAGCGUCCAGAGCUUGAGGAGGAAAAGACGCAGCUGAUAUUACAGGGCGCGGAAAACAAGAAGCGGCUAAAAGAAAUUGAAGACAGAAUUUUGGAGAUCCUUUCCUCAGCAGAGGGCAAUAUUUUAGAGAAUGAGACGGCAAUUGAGGUAUUAUCCUCGUCCAAGGAGAUAUCCACGGAACUCUUCGAAAAGCAAAAGAUUGCAGAGGAAACGGAACGCAAAAUCGAUGAAACACGUAACUCAUACCGGCCCAUUGCCAAUCACUCAUCUACGCUCUACUUCUGCAUUGCGGAUCUGGCAAACAUAGAUCCAAUGUACCAGUACUCUCUGACCUGGUUCAUUGAUCUGUUCAUCAACGGCAUUGCACUAUCCAACAAAUCCAGUGUACUUAAGCGGCGACUGAAGAACCUCGAGUCAUAUUUCACAUACUCACUUUACCUCAACGUGUGCCGUUCACUGUUUGAAAAAGACAAACUCCUCUUCUCGUUUCUUCUAUGCACCAGUAUUCUGAAAAACCGACAGGAGCUGAAUGAACCCGAAUUUCAACAUCUUACUACGGGUGGCAUUAGUGUGGGAGCGCCGACAAUUCCGAAUCCGGAUCCAACUCUAAUCUCAGAGAAGGCGUGGGCGGAGAUAUAUCGUAUGUCGGACCUUCCUGCAUUCUCCGGACUCAGAGAAGAGUUUGAUCCACAGGAAUGGAAAGGAUGGAUUGAACAUGGCGAGCCGCAUGAGGCAGCAUUGCCAGGCAAAUGGGCUAGCUUGAAUGAAUUCCAGAAGAUGUUGGUUGUGAGAGCUCUCAGACCUGAGAGGAUCAUACCAGCCAUACAAGAAUUUGUUCGAGUCAAACUUGGCCACAAGUUCAUCGAGCCUCCAACUUUCGAUCUGGCAGCAAGUUUCGAAGACUCGAACCACCGAUCAGCGCUCAUUUUUAUACUAUCCCCGGGGGUAGAUCCAAUGUCUCAGCUUCUGAAGUUUGCAGAAGAUAAAGGCUUUGCGGGCACCAAAUGUCAAUCAAUCUCCUUAGGUCAAGGUCAGGGUCCAAUCGCCGCAGCAAUGGUGAAAGAAGCUCAAAGAGGUGGAACCUGGGUUGUUCUCCAGAACUGCCAUCUGGCUGUCAGCUGGCUUCCCACCCUUGAAAAAAUUGUGGAUGAUAUUAGCACCGAGGCUGUCUCCGUUCACAAAGAUUUCCGACUUUGGUUGACUUCUUACCCGAGCCCAAAGUUUCCGGCUAGCAUUCUGCAAGGAGGCGUAAAAAUGACGAAUGAACCUCCAAAGGGGCUAAAAGCCAACCUCCUUAAAAGUUACUUGAGCGACCCCAUCAGUGAUGAAAAGUUUUUCGCUGGGUCCGUAAAAUCAAAUGAGUGGGAAAAGCUGCUCUUCGGAUUGUGCACAUUCCAUGGUGUGGUUCAAGAGAGAAGGAACUUUGGCCCGUUGGGUUGGAACAUUCCAUACGAGUUUAAUGACUCGGAUCUCCGCAUCAGCAUGCGUCAGCUCCAAAUGUUCUUGAACGAAUACUCUGAAAUACCCUUCAAAGCUUUAAUCUACCUUACCGGGGAAUGCAAUUACGGUGGACGUGUAACGGACGACUGGGAUCGGCGGACAUUGAUGAACAUAUUGACGACCUUUUAUUGUCCAGCUAUAGUGGAGGAUAACAAUUACCGGUUUUCUCCGUCUGGAACCUACUAUGCGCCUGUCAAGGGCACAUACGAAAAUUACCUGGAGUAUAUUCGGUCAUUGCCGCUUAACCAGAGCCCCGAGAUUUUUGGCAUACACGACAAUGGUGAUAUUGCCCGCCAGCUUGCGGAAACAAGAAGUUUAUUUGAGAGUGUUGUCGCUACCCAGGAGCGCAGCGUGGCUGGAGGUGGUGGACAGAAAACCAGUGACGAGGUGCUCAUAGAAGUUGCAACCGAUAUCUUGUCACGAAUACCGUCCGUCUUCAAUAUCGAUGAGGCCGUAAAGAAAUAUCCUGUCACUUACAAUGAAAGCAUGAACACCGUCCUGAUACAGGAAAUGAUACGGUUCAAUCGGCUCAUCCAAGUUGUACUGGUCAGCUUGGUGAACGUUCAGAAAGCGAUUCGCGGCUUGGUAGUGAUGAGUGCGGAACUUGAGGAAGUCUGUAAGAGUAUUCUGGUCGGCAGAAUACCCGCAAUGUGGGCGGCGAAAAGUUAUCCAAGUUUGAAACCACUUGGAGCGUACAUCAACGACCUCGUGGCGAGAAUAAAGUUCUUUCGAGAUUGGUUUGAGCAUGGGAGUCCAAAAGUCUUUUGGAUGUCUGGGUUCUUCUUUACCCAGUCCUUUAUUACAGCAACGCUCCAAAAUUAUGCACGAAAGUAUACAAUACCUAUCGAUGAGCUGGGCUUGGAUUUUGACGUAUUACCAUCCAACCCGUCCGAUAUCACUGCGGCCGCUGACAACGGAGUUUAUGUUAGCGGAUUAUUCCUGGAGGGUGCAAGAUGGAACCGAGAGAAGGGAUUCAUCGCAGAAUCUUUCCCCAAGGUGCUUUACGAUCCGCUCCCCGUAAUAUGGUUCAAGCCAUGCAGAGUGUCCGACAGACAGGUAAAAGCAACCUACGAUUGUCCGGUAUACAAGACGAGCGCCAGACGAGGAGUUCUAUCCACUACUGGGCAUUCCACAAAUUUUGUUAUUGGAAUCAGAUUGCCCACUGAUAAACCAGAAAAGCACUGGAUCAUGCGCGGCGUAGCCGCACUGCUUCAACUUGAUGACUGAAGAGUAGUGCAUCGUGUUGUUUUUUAUUGUACUUAAUCCACCAAUGUCCAAUGAUUUUAAAAAAGACCAUGUCAUUGUGAGCGUGGUCCUUGGGGGUUAUGGCCUACGAGCUGAUUAGGCGUGUGGUUUAGCCCAAGGAAAGAGUGUGGUUUAGUCCAAGGGAUAGAAUGUGGUUUAGUUCAGGGUAAGCGUGUGGCUUGCGUCAGGGACUCAGUCCAGGGGAAGAGUGUGGUUUAGUUCAGGGAAAGUGUGUGGCUUGUCCAGGCAAGUGUGUGGUUUAGUUCAGGGAAAAUGUGUGGCUUGUUUAGCGUGUGGCUUGGCAAGAGACGCGUCGCCCCUAUUAUAAUAGAUUUCUCCGCUGACAGUAUAGUCUGCUCGGAGUUGCA